GUACUCCAAAUGGGCCCCAACCCAUGUGCAGUGGGGAGCAGCGAUAUUCCGGUGAUGAGUGUGAUAAAUCAUUCACUCAACAGUGUAAUCUAAGGGUUCACUGCAAGACACAUCAACACAUACAUAGUAGGGCGAGGCCAUUUUGCUGUGACGUGUGUAACAAGUCAUUCAGUGAUGGCAGUAAUCUGAAGGUACAUCAGCGCAUGCAUAGUGGUGACUGGCCUUUUUGCUGUGAUGUGUGUAAUAAGUCAUUCAGUCAGAAGGUUAAUCUGAAGAGACAUCAAUGCGUACAUAGUGGUGAGCGGCCGUUUUGCUGUGAUGUGUGUAAUAAGUCAUUCAGUUGGCUGAGUGAUCUGAAAAAACACCAACGUAUACAUAGUGGUGAGAAGCCUUUUUGCUGUGAUGUGUGUAAUAAGUCAUUCAGUAGUGGCAGUAAGCUGAAGAAACAUCAGCGCAUACAUAGUGGUGACCGGCCGUUUUGCUGUGAUGUGUGUAAUAAGUCAUUCAGUAAUAGCGGUAUUCUGAAGCAACAUCGGCGCAUACAUAGUGGCGACCGGCCUGUUUGCUGUGUUGUGUGUAAUAAGUCAUUCAGUAGGCUGGGUCAUCUGAAAAGACACCAACGUAUACAUAGUGGUGAGAAGCCUUUUAGCUGUGAUGUGUGUAUGAAGUCAUUCAGUAGUGGCAGUAAUUUGAAGAUACAUCAGGGCAUGCAUAGUGGUGACCGGCCUUUUUGCUGUGAUGUGUGUAAUAAGUCAUUCAGUUUCCUGAGUCAUCUGAAGAUACACCAACGCAUACAUAGUGGUGAGAAGCCUUUUAGCUGUGAUGUGUGUAUGAAGUCAUUCAGUAGUGGCAGUAAUUUGAAGAUACAUCAGCGCAUGCAUAGUGGUGACCGGCGAUUUUGCUGUGAUGUGUGUACUAAGUCAUUCAUUAAUAGCAGUAAUCUGAAGAUACACCAACACGUACAUAGUGGUCAGAAGCCUUUUAGCUGUGAUGUGUGUAAUAAGUCAUUCAGUACGCUGUGUCAUCUGAAAAGACACAAACGUAUACAUAGUGGUGAGAAGCCUUUUAGCUGUGAUGUGUGUACGAAGUCAUUCAGUGAUGGCAGUAAUCUGAAGAAACAUCAGCGCAUACAUAGUGGUGACCGACCGUUUUGCUGUGAUGUGUGUACUAAGUCAUUCACUGAUAGCAGUACUCUGAAGCAACAUCGGCGCAUGCAUAGUGGUGACCGGCCAUUUUGCUGUGAUGUGUGUACUAAGUCAUUCAGUAAAAGCAGUAAUCUGAAGGAACAUCAGCGUAUACAUAGUGGUGACCGGCCUGUUUGCUGUGUUGUGUGUAAUAAAUCAUUCAGUAGGCUGCGUCAUCUGAAAAGACACCAACGUAUACAUAGUGGUGAGAAGCCUUUUUGCUGUGAUGUGUGUAAUAAGUCAUUCAGUUGGCAGGUUAGUCUGAAGAGACAUCAACGCGUACAUAGUGGUGAGCGGCCGUUUUGCUGUGAUGUGUGUAAUAAGUCAUUCAGUUGGCUGAGUGAUCUGAAAAAACACCAACGUAUACAUAGUGGUGAGAAGCCUUUUAGCUGUGAUGUGUGUACGAAGUCAUUCAGUAGUGGCAAUAAUCUGAAGAAACAUCAGCGCAUACAUAGUGGUGACUGGCCGUUUUGCUGUGAUGUGUGUGCUACGUCAUUCAGUAAUAGCGGUAGUUUGAAGAUACAUCAGGGCAUGCAUAGUGGUGACCGGCCUUUUUGCUGUGAUGUGUGUAAUAAGUCAUUCAGUUUCCUGAGUCAUCUGAAGAUACACCAACGCGUACAUAGUGGUGAGAAGCCUUUUAGCUGUGAUGUGUGUACGAAGUCAUUCAGUAAUGGCAGUAAUCUGAAGAAACAUCAGCGCAUACAUAGUGGUGACCGGCCGUUUUGCUGUGAUGUGUGUACUAAGUCAUUCACUAAUAGCAGUAUUCUGAAGCAACAUCGGCGCAUGCAUAGUGGUGACCGGCCAUUUUGCUGUGAUGUGUGUAAUAAGUCAUUCAGUAGGCUGGGUCAUCUGAAAAGACACCAACGUAUACAUAGUGGUGAGAAGCCUUUUAGCUGUGAUGUGUGUACGACGUCAUUCAGUGAUGGCAGUAAUCUGAAGAAACAUCAGCGCAUACAUAGUGGUGACCGGCCGUUUUGCUGUGAUGUGUGUACUAAGUCAUUCACUAAUAGCAGUAUUCUGAAGCAACAUCGGCGCAUGCAUAGUGGUGACUGGCCAUUUUGCUGUGAUGUGUGUACUAAGUCAUUCAGUAAUAGCAGUAAUCUGAAGAUACACCAACGUGUACAUAGUGGUGAGAAGCCUUUUUGCUGUGAUGUGUGUAAUAAAUCAUUCAGUUAUAAGGGUAAUUUGAGGGGGCAUCUGCGCAUACAUAGUGGGAAGCAGACAUAGAGCUGUGCGGUGUGUAAUAAGUUAUUUGCUCAUCAAAGCCAUCAGAAGACAUAUCAAGUUACACAUAGUGAUGGGUAUAUUAAAUCAGACAACAAUAGAGUGCUGCACCUUUGCACAAUAAACAAAUGGUGAUACAUUAGUAUCAA